AUGACGACCCGAGCCUGGCGAUACGUGACGUUCGACGCGACGGGGACGCUGCUGCGGCCCGCGGAGCCCCCGGGCGCGACGUACCUGUGCUUCUGGGAGGCGGCUUCGGGCCAGCGAUUCUCGUCCGCGCGGCGCGAGGCCGCGGCUGCCGCGCUCUCUGCGCACUUCCCGGCCGAGUUCAGUCGGCUGUCCAAGCAGUCGCCCAACUUCGGCUCGGACGGGGCCUCGGCCUCCUCCGCCUUCCCGUGGUGGCGGCGCCUCGUGCUCAACGUCAUGAAGCGCGCGGACGUGGCCGACUGCGCGCAUCAGGAGCAGAGCGAGCGCUUCACGCGCGACCUGUACGCGCACUUCGCGCGGCCCGAGGCCUGGACGGUCUUCGAGGACGUGCGGCCGACGCUCGAGCGGCUGCAGCGGCAGCAGGUGCCUAUGGGCGUCAUCUCCAACUUCGACGAGCGCCUGGAGACGCUGCUCGAGGGGCUGCAGCUGCGCGACGCCUUUGACGUCGUCACGGCCUCCUUCACCCAGCCGCAUGUGAAGCCGCACGCGAGCAUCUUCCACUCGACCUUCAGCCAGCUGCAGGGGCAGGUGGGGGAGGGCGCUCUACAGACGCAGCGCUUCCUGCACGUGGGGGACCACCCGAGCAAAGACUACAGGGCGGCCAAGGCCGUCGGAGCGCACGCCAAGCUGCUCUGGCGCAGCGAGCGCAGAGCCCCGCCCAGCGACGUGGCGAAGGAGCUGCAGCGCGACGUGGAAGGCACCUGCGCGGCGGUCGUGAGUGAGCUCGUGGCCUGCGACGACCCGACGCAUUGGCUCGAGCUGCUCACGACGUUGGCGGCGUCCGACGCUCUACCGGCGGAAUUGGUAGAACGACUCGACUCUGAAUUGCUACCGCAGGUGGUGCAGCUGCUGCUGGGUAGAGCGUUCGACCUGAGUGCGGUAGAACGAGUCAACGCGUUCUACCAGUGGACGCUCAGUGCAGUCGUCAAGAGUCUGCAGCGAGGGGAGAUCGCUCGCCUGGCGUGUCUGGCCAGGAUCCUGGACGCCCACCGCCGGUUCUACCUGUUUCAUGGCACCAGUAACGACGGCAGCGCGCUCAAUCAGGAGAACGAGGAGAACGAGGUAGAACGUCGAGGUAGAUUCACUGUACCAGACAGCUCCGAGUACACGUCGCGCUACUUCCUGCGCAACCUCGAGUACUGGGGGACGGUCGGCGGCUUCUCGGCGUUGCUCGAGGUGCUGCGCUCGAGCGCGUCGUUCGAAGCCUUGCAGUGCGUUCUACGCCUGCUCUACGACGUCAAGGACCAUUUGACCACCGAGUUCCUGACGCUCUACUUCCCAGAGCUGAUCGACGCCGUUCGUGCCCUCAUCACGAGUCUGCAGCCGGGAGAAUUCUACGCGCUGUCGAGGGACUCGCUGCUGGAGGUGGUGCAGGUCAUGGAGCUUAUCCUGGUCAAGAUCCAGCACGACUCGGACGCUGCAGCAGAUUCUACCGACUCGGAGCGCCAAGUGUGCGAGCAGCGAGUGCAGCUGCUUCGCCUCGAGAUCUCGCUGCGGUUCUUCCAGAGCAAUUCGCUGGAGAAGCGCAUCUACGGACUCACAGAGAUCGUCGUGAUAAUCACGCGGCUGUACAACGAGCAGAUCCAGGAGCAGGUAGAGCCCACCGCCGCGUCGCUCUACGCCAAGCUCAAGUUCCUGGUGGACUGGAUGCAUGACAAGCGGCUGAUGCAGGAGCUGCUGGGGGAGAAGAUGCACGUGGAGCUGGUCAAGCGCUCGACGUCGCUCUUCCAGUUCACGUCCGAGCUCGAGCGCCUCCCGAGCGAGUGGAUCGACUUGGUCUGGAGCUGCUACCACGCAGAGGCAGACGCAGACGCGGAGGAGGAGUCGCGACCGGCUCAGCGCCGUCACGAGGCGUUCAGGGCGACGAUCCACGACCUGCUGCUGGAGAUGGCGACGUUCAUGGAGCUCCCGUCGUUGAAUCACCUCGUGCAGCGCAUUGAAGCGGUCAAGGCCAAGUUGGACUUGAACCAACUGGGGCUCUUAGCUGCGAUUGCAGGGCGGAAGCUGCUGGCGGAUAUACCCGACGGCUCCCCUGAGGACGAUAAUUCUACUCGACGGUCGCUCCGACAGAGGAUUUUGAUGCACCUUUGGACGGUUGUGCUCCCGUCGGUCAAGUCGGAGAACGUCCGUGAUGAAGUUCUGCUGCGCAUGCACGAGAUGCUUCGGCUGGAGGUGGCUGGGGACGACAGUGAGGCGCUUGAGGGCGUAAAGGACCGAGCGAUGGUGGACGAAUUCCUUGGUUUGUGCCUGGAAAAUAUCCUUCGGAGGGAGAAGCUGGCGACGUCUCUGAAGCUGUUCACGCAGUUGGCCUCGUUGGUUGUGGAGGUGGAUAUCGCUGUGGCGACCCCGAGUCAGUGCAACAAGUCGUACGUGCAGGUGCUCCUGGACGAGAUUGUCGAGUACAAGCAGCGGGUUCGACUCGCGCUAGACGCGUCCAAGUGGAUCAAGAUGGAAGACGAAGAGCGAGCGAAGCUGCUUGCAUUGGUGGAUCAUGUGAAUGAGAUCAAAACCCGACUGCUUGCACUCCGAGGAGCGUGGAUUCUGGACGAGUACAGGCAGUCCGAAGCCUCGUCGUUCACUGAAGAGCAGCUGGAUAACGUGUGGCAGCUGAUGGUCGUGGACGCGUUCUUGCUGGACGAGGGCGCGCUCUGCUUCCAGUGGAUUGAACUCUGUAUGAGCACGCCACUGCAGACAAGAGCGAUCGCCCAGGAGAAGGAGAACGCGCGUCCACCUCGCGCUCUCAUGCCGUUGGGCAUCGCUGAAUAUCUCCUUACAACCAAGUUCCCAACUCUACCGGGGGAUUGCAUCACGCUCUCCACCUUGUGCUGCUUCCACAGUAUCUUCCGUCGCAUCAACCUCUUGAAAGGAGGGCUGGAGAUAUUCACAACAGCUGGCGAGAAGGACGAGUCGGUGGAGCUCAUGACGGGCCAACCCCUCGUCGGACUGGACGAACUCUGGCAACUCGCUGUUAAGGCGACAGACUCGGCGGUAGCAGAGGAGACGAUCACUCUACUGGCGAGCUUCCACUUGGCGUUUGCCCCCAGCGUUCGGGAUACGGAGCUGCCGUUCCAGUGCAAGAUGCGGUUCCUCGAGAAGUGCAUGGAGUUCAUCGCGGCGGCCAAGGCGGACGCCGAAAUGGUGCGAACGCACAUGCUUCCUAAACUCGCUGCCGACGUAGCUGUCGUCAACCGCUGUGUGGAUCUGCUGCGCUACUUCUUGGAGGCCUGUCGAGUAGGAGACGACUCUGCAGCCAAGGAAGACGAAGAGAAGAUGCUGCAAAAAUUGGAGAGCGAAGGAGUCUGCAGUACUGCCGACAGCGGCGAUACUAACCGCAAGAAGACGUUCCGGAUCGAGCAUUUGGAAGAGCGGCUCCCAUACCUGGAGAUUUACCCGUCUCCGAUGAAGGACCCGCAGUCUGACCCAGCCAAAGUCGGAUUCCGUACGGGUCGGCGGCCGAGCUGGACGUUCCGGCAGCAGCACGCGCUGCUGGACGUUAUCGUUGACGCAAAUGACGAAACAGAGGUGGAAGACGCCCAAAAGGGAGGAGAAGACUCGACUUUACCUCCACGCCCAGCGAGUCGCCCCUCGGAGGCUGACAAUUCUCCAUUGAAAGUCGACCUCAGAGGCGAACUCAUGAUGACCGAAAGCCCCGUCAAGACCAACCUGCGGUCUCCAUGUGUACGAGCGAAUUUGCGGUGGCCUCAAGCUCCUUCACCACAGCGGGGGCCGGAUUUAAGGCCUGAAGAUAUCGACCAAGCGCUGACCGACUUCACGUCUGGAGGUUUGAAAGACGAGCGCAAUUACUCAGAGAAGCAGCAGACGAGGUACGGCAUCAUGAGCCAGAUCCUCGCGAACCAAGGCUCGCACUUCGACGUUCUACUGGAGCUCGUUGACUGGGAUGAAGCGACUUCGCAACGGACCUGGGAUCUGCUCUGUCGACUGCCGACAAACAACGAACUACUGCGUAAAAUGAUUCGGUUGCGUAGCGAGGCGAAGGACCAAGAGGCUGGAGGAGGGCAAGUAGAAUGGGCGGAGCUAUUGGACGGAUCGAACAUCCACAGACUGCUGUAUGCGCUUCGAUUGGUGGAAGCGCUGUUGAUACCGAUCGAGACCGACGCGAAGGGCAACCAGGAGCUGAAUUCUGGACGUCGGCAGUGGAGGGAGCGCUUCGUCCGCUUGGGAGGCGCCAGACACUUGUACGAGACGCUGCUGAAGUGGCCCCUGGAGACUGACAACAGUGAGGCAGGAGACUCAAUCUCGCCCCAGUACGCUCAGAACAUUCGAGCGACGUGUCUAGCGGCGGUGAUGCGAGUUCUCAACUAUUUCUUCCACUGGAGUCGCAUGAGCUCGUUAGAGAAGCCGCAGCGUGAUAGUUUGUCGCCUUUUGAUGUUCGUCUACAGUCCUCGACUUUGCCCGAGUUCGUCAAGUCGAUUGAACUGUCGUCGAUGCUGCAAUCGGCCGUACAGCUGACGGAGAAAUUCUGUUCUCGUAAAUCCGAGUCCUUCUUUUCGGAAGAAGCGGCGGAGGCGGUUUACUGCGGCGUCCAAAUGUGCUGCUCGCUGAUCCGCUUCGCACCGCAUCUUACGAUCACGGUGUUUGAAUCGGAGAUUGACAAUGAAGUGGUUGAUGAUCGAAUCACACUCUCGAAGUGGUUGAAGGCACUGCUAGUGGACUGUCCAUCGAAAUCUACACGCACCCUAGCGUUUGGAGCUUUAUCCGAGAUGGCGAUGGCCUUUGGCGUCAUGGAUGUCGGCAGCCCCGCACGAGCGCUCUAUGAGCCGCUCGUAGUCUCGGCGUGUUUUCUCGUAUCCGAGAAUUCCUUUACUGGAGUUUCGUCCUUCGCGGAUGUGGAGGAACUGUUUGCAUUCUGCAGAUUGCGCGUAUUGGAGACUGUGAACGCAGCAGGCCGACAAUGGAAUUAUGCGCCGGCGGACUCGUUCCUGGAUACCGAGAAGAGCACGCACCACGCUGGACUGGUGAACCCCGGGUGCAUCUGCUACAUGAACUCGCUGGUGCAGCAGCUCUUUAUGAUGCCAAGCUUCUGCCAGGGGUUGCUCGCGUUGGACUGCGCACAGAUUAAAGCCGACAAGUCGUCGUCGUCGUGGCGGGAGGAGGUGGAGCAGCUCCAGAAGCUGUUCGUCUCAUUGGCAUACACAAACUACCGCGCGUCUGACCCCACGGCGUUCGCUCUCUCUCACAAGGACAUGGACGGCAGCUCAACUGACGUCCACAUCCAAAUGGACGCGGACGAGUUCUUCAGCCUGUUGCUGGACCGACUCGAGAUGUUCAUCCGACCCAAACCUGCUACAAAAUCUACAGACACUGAGUCGAGCGAUGAUAGUGACAUAGAUUUCAUGGCCCGUUGCUUCGGAGGCGUCCUAGUCAACCAGAUUCUUACGCAGCAGGGUAAUUUAUCCGAGCGGGAGGAGAAAUUCUUCGCGCUGAGCCUAGAGGUGUCCAAGAAGCGGCACUUGACCGAGUCGCUGGAGCUAUACGUGCAAGGGGAGACGCUGGAGGGAGAGAACGCGUACUUCUGCGAGCGCGUGCAGCGGAAAGUGUCGGCGACGAAGCGCGUCUGCAUCAAGACGCUCCCGCAGACGUUGGUGUGCCACCUCAAGCGGUUUGAGUUCGACUACGACACGAUGGAGAAGGUCAAGAUCAACGAUUACCUCGAGUUCCCCACUGAGAUCAACAUGUUUCCAUACACGAGCGAAGCGCUUGCAGCUACUGACGGAGCUACUGCGAGUGACGAAGGCGGCAAAGCGAUAAUGUACGAUCUUGUGGGCGUGGUGGUGCACUCUGGCACGUCAGACACCGGUCACUACUACUCGUUUAUCAAGGACCGACAUGAUACCGACACUCAGCGGUGGCUGGAGUUUAACGAUGAAGUAGUGCGCGACUUUGACGUGGACACGAUGGGCGACGAAUGCUUCGGAGGAGAGGAAGUGGCACAAAAAUGGGAUGCGCUUCAAGGCACCUACUCGCCCGUCGUUCAGAUGAAGAGGAGGAGCGCCUACAUGCUGAUCUACGAGAGGCGGUCAGCAGAGGAGCAGUCUGUACCAGAAUGUGAAGACCUGACGCUGUCCAGCCAAGUGCAGACACUCGCGACUCAGAUCAUGCAGGAAAACGCGCGGUUUGAGACCGUUGUGAACGCGUUUGACCCGAUCUACGACCGAUUCAUCCACGACCUGGUGGAGAGCGCCACGAGGAUGUCGGGGCAAUGUGAUCCUCGAGUGGUUCGGCAAGUGUGUCAACUGGGAUGUCAGUUCCUGUUCGGUAUCAGCUCACUACGGUGUCGAGCAUCUACCUCAGCUAAACCUUCACCAGUGGUGACGAAUGCAAUGACUUCAAGUCACUACAAGGUCAGCGCUCGUAUAGCCUUGUGGUUGUCCAGUUUUGACCAAACCCCGGACGUUGGGGUCGAAGAGGAGCAGAUUCAACUCAGUAAGUGGGUCCUCUCGGAAAUGGUGGCAUCGCCCACCUCCUUGUCCGCGAAGCCGGCCUUGCAGCACGCAGAGAGUCAACGCACGUGGCUGUUUGACGUGCUGUUCCUCAGUCCUGAGAGCCCCGAGCUGGCCGAAAGCUGCUUCCUGGUGCUCUCAGCUGCUGUGACUGUCCUAGCUCGAGAAGCUGCAGAGCAGCGUGAAGACGCAGAGAAGUCGCUGGUGGCGUUCUUCCGCGCGUCCCUCAACCUGUUUUACUGUCGGGAGCCUCAUCUAGACGUGAGCGACCCCGCCUCUGGCUGCGUCUUGACGCUCUCGAUGGAGAUGCGGGUGGCAGCGAUGAAGCAGUUGGGCGCGUUCCUCGAGAAGUGCGUCAGUAAGGCAAUUGGAGGCGCCGGGCAGGGGGCGAAGGUGACCGAAGCUCGUGCGAUCCACCGUUUGUUCCUGGAGAAGCUGCAGUUCGUCGACCACCUCCUGCUGAGUCUGCAAAUGUCCUGUGAAGUCUCGGAGGUCGCCACGUCUUCAGCGAGUCCCGCUGUGUCGUCGAGGGGUAUCGCUCCGUUGGCGAUCGAGACGAGAUCCUCUUCUCCAUUGCGCGAGCACGACCUUCGACUGUGCACGUUCCAGUUGGAGAUCAAACUGCUGCGGUGUAUGCUGAAAUUUCACGACAAGCCAGUGCCUCUGCCUGUGGACUCCACGCUGUUAUUCAACCACACAGCACUGAAGAACGUGGUUCUGUUUGAACUGGAAGAGAUCGUCUUGCCGAUUUUGACGCGCGUCAUCUUUGAGAGUGAAGCUGCCUCGCCAAAGUGCGACCGUCUUGUGGCUCUGUUAAUCGGGGUGCUGGAAGAGGUGAAAGACACCCAUGCAGAGAAGGUAUUGGCUGUAUUCGGGGAACUCUUGGACACGGAAGAGAUGCGUGCGGAGACUUCCGAGCAAGCAAAGGAGGUGUGGGAUAUCCAUCGACACGUCUUCUCGCCAUCGCGGGGCAUCUUGGAGAGCGUGGCGUACUACCGGGAUCAUGGGUCGCACGAGUACACACUGCUACUGCUCGAGUUUGUGCUUCGUCGCGCCAGCAGCUCGCUGAUGCUUCAAGAGCUCUUCAGGAAUGAGCCAAAAUUCCGUGACAGCGCGACCUGGAUCCCUCAGUGGCUGGUGGACCACCUCGACUCCAACGGCACGAUCCGGGCUCAAAUGCGGGACAAUAUCGAUGCAGAAGACAGCGAUGCUACAAGCGAGAAGGCUCAGGGAGUUCAAGAAGUGAAGAAGUUGUUCGCUGAGGUGGAGAAGGCGUUCGGGGUGACGGUGCCUGCCUACAGUGAGGAGGUCACCCACAACGUUGAUGGUGACACGGGGGCGUUGCUGAUCUCUCCUCCGUCCUCACCUGCAGCUAUAACUACCGAAGACGUGCUGCUGGAGGCGCUCGACCUGGACGGGGAGAACCAACACGACUCGAGCCACUCUGUAAAGCGCGGAAGUCGCUGGCUGGAGAAGAUCUCAACCGAUAUCGGCCCCGAGCAUGAAGGCGCCGAAGCGGAGGCCCACACUAGUCCGAAGCCAAACUGGACGUUGCACCGGUCACGCGAGGAGCUGUCGAUGCUGCUCCGGAUUGACCUCGACACGGCGCACAACAAUGCGCGAGAGGCUUAG